AUGCGUUUAUUAACGGGAAACGUUCCACGUUCCACGUUUGACGUUUCACGUUUCCCGUUAGCCACAUCCCCAGAUAGCGCCAUACGACGCUGUUUUCGUUCAAGGAAUUCUGCUAAGAUAAAAAACGUUCAGCUGCAUAUAUUUUGUGAUGGCUCUGAGCUGGGAUACGGAGCAUGCGCGUACCUGCGAAUUGUUGAUGAAAAUGACUUAGUAUCCUGUUCCCUCGUAACCGGAAAGGCACGGUUAGCACCGAUGAAGCAAUUAUCUAUUCCGCGUAUGGAGCUAUCUGGGGCGGUGGUUGCUUGUCGUAUUAAAGCUAUGCUGAACAGCGAACUAGAUUUGAAGGUUGAUCAAACCAUUUUCUGGACUGAUUCUACUAUAUUGCUAGGAUAUAUAAACAAUAAAACAAAAAGAUUUAAAACGUUUGUUGGCAACCGGUUGAGUGUUAUUAAUGAAAACUCAACACCUGAGCAGUGGCAUCACGUGGACUCGUGUUUGAAUCCUGCUGACAUGGCAUCAAGAGGAAUAGAUCCAAAUGACAUUAAAAGUAUACAGAAAUGGCUACAAGGUCCUAAAUUUCUGCAACAGAAUCCAAUUGUUUGGCCGUCGCGUGUAAAAAUUCCUAUUAUAGCCAACGAUGACAAUGAAGUAAAGAAGGAAAUCGCAAUAAACAGUUUGGUGACAACCAUCACGUUAGAUGACGUAAUAAACAGGUACUCAAGCUGGAAUAAAUUACAACGUGCAUUUGCCUGGCUGUUACGAUUUCAAUUCUUCUGUAGAAAUCGGUACUUAAAACACAAUGUAGAAGUGCCUAGUGGCGAGAUUACGGUAAAAGAACUACGGAAUGCGACGAGGGACAUAUUACAACAAGUACAAAGUACGUAUUUUCAAACAGAAAUUAAUAGGUUGAACAAAGGAAAAACAGUGAAGAACGACAGCAAAAUUGUGUCUCUUAACCCAUUAUUAGAAGGCGGGUUAAUUCGUGUUGGGGGAAGACAGUUACUAGCAAGAAAAGAGAACUGUCUAAUUAUUCUUCCAAAUAAACAUCAUAUUACUAAGCUUGUAAUUGAACAUUAUCACAAGUUAAAUGGACAUACAGGAGUGCAACAAGUGCUUGCGGCUCUGAGAGAAAAAUAUUGGAUACUACGAGGAACUAGCUCAGUAAAGAGCUUCAUAAGGCAGUGUCUAGUAUGUCGGAAGCGUAAUAGCCCACUUCUUUAUCAACAGAUGGCGCCACUAUUGGAACAGCAAAUUACACCUGAUAAGCCUCCGUUUUCCUUUGUAGGAAUAGAUUAUAUUGGUCCAUUGAACGUCAAGCAAGGCCGUAGUAUUGUAAAAAGCGCCUUUCAGCGAUUCGCAAAUAGACGAGGAAAACCGGAGAAUGUUUAUAGUGACAAUGGUACAAAUUUAGUUGGAGGCGAGAGAGAAAUGCGCACAUCUAUAAGAGAAUGGAAUCUUGUGAAUAUAAGUCGUUAUAUGACCCAAAGAGAAAUUGAAUGGUCAUUUAAUCCACCAUACGCAAGCCACCGUGGUGGCGCUUGGGAGCGUCUUAUUAGAUCAGCACGUGCAAUACUGAAGGCACUUUCUACUGAACAAUUGUUGAAUGAUGAGAAGCUUAUUACACUGAUGACAGAAGCAGAAAAAAUAAUGAAUGACAGACCAAUAACUCAAGUUAGCAACGACCCCAGAGAUCUUCCAUCCCUUACCCCAAACAUGUUACUUUUGAUGAAAGAAAACUCUAGUGUUCCGCCAGGUGUAUUCCGAAAAGAAGACCAGUAUGCUAAACGUUGGUGGCGCCAAGUUCAGUAUAUGGCCGAUGUGUUUUGGAGGCGUUGGACACGCGAGUAUUUGCCAUCUCUCCAAUGCCGCCAGAAGUGGCAGAAAUCAACCAGAGACGUUGUCGAAGGUGAUCUCGUGCUGGUAGCAGACGAAAACAUGCCAAGAGGACAGUGGCCUCUGGGCAAAGUAAUGAAAGUAAUAAAAAGCCGAGAUGGUCAUGUACGUAGCUGUGUGGUUAGGGCACGGGGUUCAGAAUUAGUAAAACCAGUAACAAAGCUGUGUUUGCUAGAAGCAAGUUUUGUAAACAAAGAACGGAGCGGCUUUCUUGAAGUGCAGCGCAAAACUGCAUCCAGCAUCAAAGCAGAACAGAAAAGGCACGCAGAAGGGAACUCAGAAAUGGAAACAAAUGGAUACGGAAAGGACAUAAAGGGAAGAGCAGGAAGUGUGGGCAAAUCAAAUAAUUAUUGA